CCUUUGAUGGACGAGGUCAGCUUGCUGGGAGAGGAGUGGAAUUUGCUGCAGGUGGGAUGGUGCUGCAGCAUCUUAAUCAGGAGGUACAGAAGGCGGCUCUCCUCGGUCACCUGCGCUGCUUGGGGGUACCUCAUCCAUCCAUCCUACUGGAGAUGAAGAAAGACCUAGACAGCAUCUUCCGCAAGAUAAGGGCACUGAAGGGAAAGGUUGCUAAGCAGUAUCCAGAUGCAUUCAGCACUGUUCACGAGUCCCCUAUUCUUGAGGAUGAGGACGAGGACUUUGACCCAGUCCCAUCCAGUGUAGCCACCACUACCACCACCACGGCUACGUCCGAGCACAGCACCGAAUCCUGCAACUCAUCCACUGACGUCGUCUUCCCUACCGUGAGCCGCUGCUCCGAGGACCUCUCACAGGAGCAACCAGAGACUCCUACCCUUAACAGCCCCCCGGGAACAGAACUGAAGGACAAAGGCCCAGAUUAAUAUGGGAAUAUGAGGGUUAUUCCAAGUGGACUCUUGUGAUGAAUGAUGUGGCUGUGCAAAAAAAUACUGUCGUUUUUGUCAACGAUGGUUGAUGCUGCUGCUUUUUGGUGACUUAGUCUGCUUUGUUGUGGUUUGCUUAGUAUUAUCUUUCUGAAAAGCAUAACUGAUGUUUGACAUACUGAUGCAACAUGGCACAGCAUGACUGAAAAUGCCGCCUACCACAUCUCAUUCAGGUUUUCAUGUACAGUAUGUACUACUCCUAAUUGCUUGAAUUAAUUAAAACAUGUUGUGGACAACUGAA